AUGAUUUCUUUAUCGAAUUCGAUUAUUUGCCCGAAACUCGUCUGGAUUGGCGACAAAUUUCAAGAAGGAAUCUCAAUUCGAAUCGAUUCUGAUGGGAAUAUUGCGGAGAUUGGCAAAGGAAUUUGUGGAACCGACAAAGUGAUCUGGUCAAAUGAGGCGCUCAUCCCCGGUUUUGUCAACACUCACUCCCACGCUUUUCAUCGUCAUUUAAGGGGCAGAUCCGAGAUUGGUGACGAGAGUGGAGAUACAUUCUGGAGGUGGAGAGACAAUAUGUAUGGUUUAGUCGAUGAGAUCGACUGGGAGACGAUGAAACGGCUUUGCAAAUCCACUUUCCAAGAGAUGAUCAACGCCGGGAUAACCACCGUUGGAGAGUUUCAUUAUGUGCAUCACGGAGAGAAACGCUUCGACCUCGACUCGGCGGUGAUCGAGGCGGCGAGAGAGGCGGGCAUUCGCAUGUGUUUGUUGACAACUUUGUAUCAACGAGCCGGCUUCGACACCCCAACCCCGCAUCCAAUUCAGAAAAAGAGAUUUAUCAGUGACUAUGAUGAGUUUUUGAGUCAUGUGCGGAGUCUAAAAGCUCUUGAGAACGAGACCAUCUCGAUUGGAGUUGCAGCUCACUCAGCUCGAGCGGUUCCAUUCGAGAAAAUCACUUCUUUAUGGGAAUGGGCAAAUGAUGAGAGGGUUCCCUUUCACAUUCACCUCGAAGAACAACCAAAGGAAUGUGUUGAUUGUCAGAAGUAUUUAGGUACAAAAGAGACACCAAUGGAUUUGAUCUUGAAGAGCAUUGUGCCAAAUCAGCUCUUCACUGGCGUUCACAAUACCUACACGAGUGAGGAAAAUAUGAGCAAAUUGGCGAAGCUCGGCGCCAAUGUAAGCAUUUGUCCGUGCACUGAAGGUUAUCUGGGUGAUGGGAUCCCGAAAAUCUCCACCAAAACGCAUCUCUCAUUCGGCACUGAUUGCAACAACAGAAUCUGUUUCUUGGAGGAGAUCCGUUGGGCGGCAUUCACUCAACAUGUCAAACACAACUCUCGAAAUGUGGCCGGGCUUUCAGCUUCCCGACUCAUGCAUUAUGCUACGAUUGGAGGAGCACGAUCGUUAAAUCUUGAAGAUAAAGUGGGCUCGUUUGAGCUUGGUAAAGCCUUCGAUUUCGUCUCGUUCUCCCUGAACAGUCCUUUGCUUGACGGUCUCCAGUCUGACGAGCUAAUUGAUGGCAUCGUUUUUUCUACUGGCAACCGCGAAAUCUCUAAAGUCGGCGUUCAAGGCAAGCUGCUCGUUGAUUCAAAA